UAUUUCGAGGUUUGGUUGGGAUGACUUCCGGCGAAUGAACGUUUAUGAAGUGUUAUGAGGCUUGUUUCAGUGUUUUUCAAUUAGUUAUUAGCAGUCUUUGAUGAUUUUCGGAGGAUUGUGAUGGCAUUUAGACACGCAGUGAGGAGUCUCUGCAGGAUGAGAGGCGCUGUGAUGGUGGGAGCGGGAAUAUUCGCGAAGUGCGAGGGUUUCGAUAACAGCGGGUUGAAGGAGGAGCAGAGGGUCAAGUUCGAGGUGAAGGAGUUUGAGAAGCUGUCGUUCGAUUAUCUGAUCAAACAGUCGAGUAUUGAGGCGGUUAACAGUGCCAGCCAGGCACUUACUGUCACUUAUUCGGCUAUUGAGAGCACUAGUAAGGAGUAUAGGGUACUCUUGGGACAAUUAAUUAAUCUGAUGGAGGAGACGAUGAUUUUCGAGGUCAGUGAUGAACAUCGGGAUUUGAUUAUCGAAGUUAGGAUGGAGAUGCAGAGCAAGAAGGAGGUUUUGACUCAACUCCUGGGUUACAUGGAGUACGUCCAGAAAAUGGCAGAAGCUGUGACGAACGUGAGUUUCCUCGCGGGAAUGGACAAUCUAUCAAUUUCGUUAUCCGAAAGAAUGGAAGAUGCACAGAAACAAAAGGAGAGAGAAGUCCGAGACAAUCAGAAGCUGGAGACAGAGUACUACAAAAUCCAGGAGCAGUGUGUGAGGCAACACGAAACGAGGGAGAAGUCGAAGAGUUCAGACAGUACAAAUGUUCCAGAAGAGUUGGAUCUGGACUAGAAGUGAAAAAUUUGUGAAAAGCGAGGGAAAUAUUGUGGCUUUUGUUAUUCAGUACAAAAGUGGGGUCGAGGUGAAUCGAGACAAUGUGACGUCCUGGCACCAUCACCAGCCCCAGUGCCCUCGCUUCUGUGUGAUCCUCAGAGAGAAACUCCUCGCAGGAACCGAGAAUAACGUUUGCAUCGCGAUCAGUGCAUAAAAAUGCACCUGUGAGGACCCUUCCAUCAGUCAUUUUUAUUCUCAAUAAUCGAUUCAACCAGGAACGCAACUUUCUCUUGCCAGAAGUCUCCUCACUCGGUGACGUCUGCAGGAGAAAAGCCAAAUGUGUCUAGUUAAAUGAUUUUAUAAAAUUGAUCAUUCUAUUUUUCCACUGUUGUUCAUUUUACGGUUAUUUUGAAAACAAGUGGUUCGACGGAGGAUUUCCUCCCGAUUUUCUUGUAGCAUCACUCAUUAUUAUGAUAAUUCAAUAACAACUGAAUCGUGAAAUGAUGGGAAAGUUCUAGGCAAAUAUGCAAUUUCCAUCGAUAAUGAAUGUUUAAAGGAAAUCGUUUUAUUUGAAAAAUGUUUCAUUACAUUUUCUUAUGAAGCCACUCAUUACUGAGGAGAUUCUAUCAAUCAUUAAAUAUAGAAUAUUUAAAGUGUAGAAUUAUUAUUGAUCGUCAUUUAAUCUCAGAAACAAGUGACUUCAGGAGAAAUUCUCAAAUGGCCUUUGUAAAACCAAGGAAAUUUCCUGAAAAAAAUUUCUCUAGGCAUUUCAUUUCUACUUUUAUCAUUAACCAGAUAAUUUGAUAAUAAGAAUGUGAAGAAUGGACUUUUUCUGUUAUGUUUCAUCACUUUGUUAAUGAAAUUAUAAAUAAAAUAGAUAAUUCAAUAGUUA